AUGGAAAUGCGAAUCAACAUCAGUCAAACUGAAAUCUGGAAAAAGCCUUUUCUCUGUUAUGAGUUUAGUAACAGGUCUUGUCAGAAGUUUGUCUAUCCUUUGGAAACUCGAAUAUUGCUCUACAUCCUUUUUAGCGUUUCUUCAGUUGUCACAAUCAUAGGAAACCUGUUGGUGAUCAUAACGGUCAUUCAUUUCAAGCAGCUUCGCACACCAACUAACUACCUCAUCCUGUCUCUGGCCGUGGCCGAUCUGCUUGUAGGAGGAGUUGUGAUGCCUCCCAGCAUGCUGCGCUCCAUCGAGACGUGCUGGUAUCUGGGAGAUUUGUUCUACAGAUAUUAUGCCAUAUGUCACCCCUUUCAAUAUCACAGUAAAAUGACAUCACUUGCUACACUAGUUAUGAUUAUUAUCUGCUGGAGUGUUUCAGCUGCUCUGGGGUUUGGCAUGAUCUUCAUGGAGCUUAAUAUUCUUGGUGUUGAGGAUUUUUACUAUGAGAACAUUAAAUGUGAUGGCGGAUGUACACUGUUUCAGAGUAAAGCUGGAGCUACUAUAUUCUCAUUGAUCUGUUUUUAUAUUCCUGCUUUUGUCAUGCUCUGUGUGUACCUCAAGAUCUUACACGCAGCUCAACGGCAGGUUCAGGCCAUCCAGAGCGUGAAUUCUGAAUUUAAAAAAGAAGGAAAAGCCACUAAGACUUUAGCCAUCGUCAUGGGGGUGUUUCUGACCUUCUGGAUUCCUUUUUUCCUUUGCAAUCUUAUCGAUCCCUUCAUCGGUUACUCUGUACCACCACUGCUAUUUGACUUGUUCUAUUGGGUUGGAUAUUAUAAUUCCACUUGUAAUCCCAUAGUGUACGCCUUCUUUUACAGCUGGUUCAGACAUGCUUUCAGAAUCAUUCUGUCCAAAGCAAUAUUUCAGACAAAUUCUUCAAGAACAGUACUAAUGUAA